UUUACUUCACCUUAAAGUCAGCUUUCAAUACCAUAUCCAACGAGAGAGAGAAACUGAAGCAGAUGAUGGAGCAUGAGUCCUCCUCAUCACCAUCUGCACAGAUUGUGGGUCUGAAGCAUGCCUUAUCAUCCGCCCUAGCACAAAAUACAGACCUUAAAGACCGCUUACGUAGAAUCCAUGCCGAGUCCCUGUUCUUCGAUUCUGCUGCCGGUGCCAAGUCAAGUGAUGGUCUGGCAGAGGAGAUCUCUGGAGAAGAAAGCAGAGCCCUCGUCCAUCAGCUCUCCAAUGAAAGUCGGCUUUCCAUCACAGACUCCCUUUCAGAGUUUUUCGAUGCCCAGGAAGUCUUACUGUCUCCAAGCUCCUCAGAAAAUGAGGCUUCUGAAGAUGACUCGUACGCCAGUGACAUAAGUGAUAACGCCUCCAUGGAUAACCUCAGCAACGAUCUGGAGAAUGAGAGACAGACUUUGGGCCCCAUUCUCGAAAGUGACCCCAGAGGCCAGACCAAACGGCGGACCUGCUUACCAGCACCCUGCCCCAAUACCAGCAACAUCAGCCUCUGGAAUAUUCUAAGAAACAACAUCGGCAAAGACCUGUCCAAGGUGGCCAUGCCCGUGGAGCUGAAUGAGCCCCUGAACACACUGCAGCGGCUCUGUGAGGAGCUGGAGUACAGCGAGCUGCUAGACCAGGCCUCGAGGACCCCAGACCCCCUGGAGAGGAUGGUAUACGUGGCGGCUUUUGCAGUGUCUGCCUAUGCGUCCAGCUACUUCCGAGCAGGGAGCAAACCCUUCAAUCCAGUGCUUGGAGAGACUUAUGAAUGUAUCCAUGAGGAAAAGGGCUUCCAGUUUUUUUCAGAACAGGUCAGCCACCACCCGCCAAUCUCAGCCUGUCAUGCAGAGUCCGCCAACUUCGUGUUCUGGCAAGAUGUGAGAUGGAAAAACAAAUUCUGGGGCAAAUCCAUGGAAAUCGUUCCAGUUGGCACAACGCACGUUACCCUUCCUGCCUUUGGCGAUCACUUCGAGUGGAACAAAGUGACCUCUUGCAUUCACAACAUCCUGAGUGGCCAGAGAUGGAUUGAACACUAUGGGGAAAUCAUCAUUAAGAAUCUAAAUGAAGAUUCCUGCCACUGCAAAGUGAACUUUAUCAAGGCCAAAUACUGGAGCACCAACUCCCACGAGAUUGAGGGCACCGUCUUUGACAAAGGCGGCAAAGCUGUGCGCCGUCUCUUUGGGAAGUGGCAUGAGAGUAUCUACAGCGGCACGCGAUCCUCGUCAACGUGUAUCUGGAGAGCGCACCCCAUGCCCAAAGGGCAUGAGCAGUAUUAUGGCUUCACCCAGUUUGCCCUAGAGCUGAAUGAGCUGGAUCCACUGACCAAACCAUACCUCCCCGCAACGGACACGAGGUUCCGGCCAGACCAAAGGUUUUUAGAAGAAGGGAACAUAGAAGAAGCAGAAACACAGAAGCAAAGGAUCGAGCAACUGCAGAGGGAGCGACGGCGGGUCAUGGAAGAGAAUAACUUGGAGCAUCAGCCUCGGUUUUUCAGGAAAUCCAGUGAUGACUCGUGGGUGAGCAACGGUACUUACUUGGUCCUUCGGAGAGACCACGGCUUUUCCAAACUGGAUAAUCCCACUCUGUGGUGAAGGAAGUUCAUCUGCCUCUCAUUCUCGGCUGGUUGCUUUCUGAGACAAUGCAUACUUAUCUAUACAUAAAUAUAUGUACAUGUAUUUAAAAGACACCAUCUAGAAUGACACGUUUGUGCUUAAUCUAGCCUUGUAAGUAUAUAAGUAUCUAUUUUCCUCAAUGGAUUUCUUUACAACUCCAGUUGUUACCAUGACUGUUUGUAUGAAUGUAGAACACCUUAAUUUCUUUUUAUAUAUAAACUAUUUAAUAAAAUGAAAUCUUGAAUGUUAGAGGCUUGGGGAGAAAGGAAGGGGAGAAGCUUUAACACUAAUUUUCCAAAGGCUUCACAGACAUUCAGAUUAAAUUGAUGCCUUAUUGAAUUGUGUUGAAGGGGGAAAAUAAUAUCUCCCAGUUAUGUUAGGGAAAAGGAAGAGAGCCCCGACUUGCUGAGCUGCCCAAGUUUAAUUUGGCCGCUCGGCAGCCUUUUGGCCUCAGACUGCUGGAGAAUCGCUCAUCCUGGGUGAUUCUGCAGGUCCUGGUCUGAUUAUUCUCUUCUUUGUAUUUUCUCAGGUGGGAGGGUGGGGUUGCGAAAUGAAAAGAAAUCUUAUUUUUAUUUAAUAUGGGUUUAGAACCUCCUGGAAGAGGUCAUCCAGUUGCCUUACAUGCACAAUUGUACCCUGCUGUUCAAGCAUUAGGAAAGAAAUCCCCAUGCCCAGCAUUUUGGAUCAAUGGCUCAAAGCAGCCACUGGGGAAGCUGCCCCAAGGGAGAACAGAACCUUUGGCUAGGACUGAAAGCAGCCCCUGCUUUCCUGUCCUUCUGUGACCCUCCCACCACAACCUAUUAAACGAUGUCUCAGUAUUCAACAGUACAGUUUGAAGUCCUUAAUGCAUUUGUAUCCACAACCUUGCUGGUUUCUACGAACUCGAAACACGCAACAGGGGAACUUUUUAAGAAAAGAAAAAACUUGGCAAAUUUACCUAAUUGUUUUAAAUAACUGCUGUGUUUUCUUAAAUACUAUUUUAGUAUUUUCUACCUCUUCUAAGUACCAUAUUUUAGCUCUUGUACAAAAUGUUUGACCAUUUGCCUUAUUAUGCCCCAAACGAUGGGAUCUCCGAUCUUCCUUUGAACUCUCCAUUCUUUUUCGAUGACUUUCUGUGUCCCGUGGUAUUGAGCUGCGUCUUGUCCAGCCAUCACUCUCUACCAUUCACUUUCCUCCUGUCCAGCGUCUCUACUUCACGAACUUGGCAGCUGCCUAAGAGAAAGCACAGAUUCAGACCACAGGCAGAUGAGUGAUUCCAAAUCACGGAAUCAUACGCUAAUAUGUGCAAUAAAGGAAAUGCAUGACCAAGCAAUUGCCCAAAUGACAUAAGGAUUGGGGCCUAAUUGAUGCAUAAACUUUCUAUCCUGAUGCCCAGGCCAGUGCUGUGGAAGCUCAAGGUUGGAUAAGAAUGUAAGGAAAGGUUUCUACAAAAAAAAGAAAACAAAAUAAAAUGUUUGACAGGUUUCAAAGUGGGCAAACAUCUGAUCUGCUACAAUAAAAAAUGAGAAAAAAAGGCAGAAGCCUUGUGGGCUGUUAAGUUAUAGGACAAUAGUAGGAUUUGGGCAUUGUGUGGAGUGGGCAGGGCUCUUUCCCAGGGCAAAGGACAACUGCCCACCGAGCUUUACGACAAUAAAAUCAUCCUUCAAAAUUGGAGUCUCUCAUUCUCUUGUGUGCAGACAAACAGAUCAGUCUCCUUUGCAUUCAAAACAGUCACACCAUCCCUUGGUCCUGGUGUGGUGUCAACUCUAGCUGGGUUCUGUUCACACAAGCAGAGGACAUAGUUCAGGUUGCUCAUAAGGAAACCCGAUCUAGCUUUCCUGGUAGGAAUGUUAGCUCAGUGUGAAGAGGGUGGCAGUGCUAACACUGGCAUUGGAGGACAUUGGCUCAACAUCAGCUCUGCCAUUGGCUCUCUGCAGCCUGGCAUAAGUCUGGGCUUCAGUUUUCUCAUUGCUGAAGGUGAAGUGAUCCUGGCUGACUCUUGUGGUCCCUUUAUAGCUCUGAAGCUGAUCCUAGGUCUUACCCUGUUAGAUUGUGAGCUCCUUGAGGGCAGGAACUGUCUUUUGCCUCUUUUUGUGUCCCCAGGCACAUCAUGGACACUUAAUAAAUGUUGAUUG